CGACAAAACCCGAAAUACUGCGCUUGUGUCUCAAAACCUAGUGUGCUGCCUAUCUGUACCGCAACUUUCGGAGUUAUUUUUCACCUGUAAUGCCUAAAUACGGUCGUAUUGAACGUUUUAGCGGCAGUGAUUUCCACCAUGGUGUUGUCUAGAUAGGGAGCACACUAGGAUUUGAGACGCUGUCUUUUUAUUACUGUAUUUCUGUAUGUGUAGGCUUGCUGGUUUGUGUGUAGCAGGUUUUUCUUCUGCAUAUCUGUUGCUUGGCCUGGAAUUGCUAAAUCACACAAACACACAAGAUUAUGAUUUAUCAUGUUUAUACAGCACCACCCAUAUAGCCUGAACUGAAAACUCACUAGUCAUGUCUUUUAUAUUUAUGUUGUGAAUCCAAGGGUAGUGAGGAUAUAUGUGAUCUGGUGGAGGGGUUCAAUUUGUGGGUUUUGUUUUCUUAUUGUAAAUUCAUUUCUGUUAAUGUGGUCAAGUUUGUUACUUGGUUAUGAAACAGAACUACUGAAAACACUUUUUUUCUAGUAUCUCUCUUUUAUUCACAGUUUAGCUAUUCGGAGUGUAUUGAAUGCAGGGUCCAGAUGUGUUGGAUGUCUUAUCAUUUGGUUCUGAAUAAUCGUAUAUUUAGAUUUGUGUCACUUCUGCAUUGUAAUAAACCACACAGCUUUUUGUAGAUUUGGUGUCUGGUCGACUGCUGUGGGGUUUAACUUUAGACUCCUUGUUGAAUGCCAUAAAAACAGUCAAGAAACCCUAAAAAUGUAAAUAUAGGAUUAUAUGCGGCAAUAUAUUAUAUAUAUUGACUAGGGAUGUAACGAUAUUAUCGAUGUCGUGUUAUUAUCGCAAUAGCAAAAUUGUCUCAAUAUUAUCGCGGUCACAUGAUUGUAUGAAACGAUCUUAGGUCUUCCGGGCCUAACAUAGAGAAUGUUCGAAAAAAUAAUAAUAAUGUAACCUUUGGCAAGGUCCAUCUGGUGCAAUUAUUUUAUUUUAUAAAAGGGAUUUUUUGACCCAUCUCAUACUAUAACUCAUACCUCUAUGCAACAGUUAUGAUUAGAGGAUAAAGAAAGAGGAUGCUUAUGGCAUCAUUUGCUAUUUUAAAUAUGGCAACAAACAUCGUACCGAGGUAUUACCGUACAGUGAGAUUUUGAUGUUGUUGCAUCCCUAAUAUUGACAUAAUAUUAUAUAUUAUGACAAUAUCGGUUUAAGGUCCAUUGGAAUUUUUAGUAUUGUUGUAUUAUUAUCAUGACUUCGCAGUAUGAAAAUAUAUAAUUUUUCAUUAUUCAUCUGCUUGGGAGAGAUGCACAGAUGUAUCAGCCACCAAUAUUUAUCGGACAGAUUUGAUCAAUUUAAAACGAACUAGUGGCUUAUCGGUUAAAGCAGGCAAGAGGCCGAUAUCCCAAACCGAUAAUGAUUGUUGUUGCAUAAUCUAACGUUUAUCUCGAAGUAAAAUAAUGAAAUCUCUAUCAUUGUGCUUAACUUUGUUGACCGGUUGACUGUUAAAGACACAUUGAUGAUUUUUGCAUUAAAAUAUCAGAAAAACACUAGCACAGUUUAUGUUUACUUGUUAUCCCAAAUGUGUCCAGCAAUGUUUGAAUCCAAAUGAAAAUGAGCAAUUUAAUCCAGUCUAACACCCCUCGUCAUUGCAUUAUCCUCGAUUUGACAAAAGUUAAAACAAGCAAGUGCCACAUAUCGGUAUAUCGGAUAUAUGCCUUGCCUAUUAUACGCCACAAAAGUAAUUGGUUUAUCUCUACUUCUUGAAAGUUUUGCCAAAUAAAAAUCCAUGUGAGUUGAUAACUUGUUUCUUGUGCGUAUGGGAGUUUGACGGUGGUUGUGCUUUAGUGUCUCCUGCCGAAGCUUUACGUCCGCAUCGCUCAUCUCUCCGUCUCUCUCCGUUGUGCUUCUCCUUCGCUUUUGUCUCCUCUUCUCCAGCUCUAAUUCCUUCUCUUCUUUAUCUCCACUUCCGCUUCGCUCCGGACGUUCUCCCUCAACCCACUCCUCCUUUAUUUCCCCCACUCCUCCUUUAUUUCCCUCUCUCUUUCCUCCACCCUUUCUCCGGGACCAUGUGUGAUAAUGGGGACGUGGAGGACAAGCCGCCUGCUCCGCCCGUGAGGAUGAGCAGCACGAUCUUCAGCGGUGGCGGGAAGGACCACGCGCUCUCCGCCAAUCACAGCUCCAAGCCCCUCCCCUCGGUGCCGGAGGAGAGGAAGCCUCGCAAUAAGAUCAUCUCCAUCUUCUCAGGGGCCGAGAAGGGUGGUCGAAGAAAAGACAGAGAUAAAGAAAGACCAGAGAUCUCACCGCCAUCAGACUUUGAACACACAAUCCACGUGGGAUUCGAUGCUGUUACUGGGGAGUUUACGGGAAUGCCAGAGCAAUGGGCGAGGUUACUGCAAACCUCCAACAUCACCAAGUCCGAGCAGAAGAAGAACCCUCAAGCCGUUCUAGACGUCCUCAAGUUCUACGACUCCACGGGCAACGGGCGACAGAAGUACCUCAGCUUCUCCUCAGAAAAGGAUGGGUUUCCCUCUGGUGAACAAUCGCCUGUUAAGAAAACACCAGAGCCUUCAUCUCCAAUCAGAACUGUUGAUGAUGAAGAGGACGACGACGAUGAGACACCACCACCGGUUGUCGCACCCCGACCGGAGCACACCAAGAGUGUAUAUACUCGACCGUCUGUAAUCGAUCCGAUCCCCCUGCCCGUGACCUCUCCAGAAAGCGAGGUCGCCUCUAAGGCCAACGACAGACAGAGGCCCAAAAAGGGCAAGAUGACAGACGAGGAGAUCAUGGACAAGCUGAGAACUAUAGUCAGCAUUGGAGAUCCAAAAAAGAAGUAUACCCGAUACGAGAAGAUCGGCCAAGGAGCUUCAGGGACGGUGUUCACUGCCAUAGACGUCGCAACUGGACAGGAGGUGGCGAUCAAACAAAUCAACCUUCAGAAGCAGCCCAAGAAGGAGCUUAUUAUCAACGAAAUUCUGGUGAUGAAGGAGUUGAAGAAUCCAAACAUCGUCAACUUUGUAGACAGUUUUUUGGUAGGGGAGGAGCUGUUCGUAGUGAUGGAAUAUUUGGCGGGCGGCUCGCUCACAGAUGUGGUAACCGAGACGUGCAUGGAUGAGGCGCAGAUCGCGGCCGUGUGCCGGGAGUGUCUGCAGGCGCUGGAGUUUCUGCACGCCAAUCAGGUCAUUCAUCGAGACAUCAAGAGUGACAACGUGCUACUUGGGAUGGACGGUUCUGUCAAACUCACCGACUUUGGAUUCUGCGCUCAGAUCACUCCGGAACAGAGUAAGAGAAGCACUAUGGUGGGCACGCCGUAUUGGAUGGCUCCGGAGGUCGUGACCCGCAAGGCCUACGGACCCAAAGUCGACAUCUGGUCCCUGGGCAUCAUGGCUAUCGAGAUGGUGGAGGGAGAGCCGCCGUACCUCAACGAGAAUCCUCUGAGGGCGCUCUACCUGAUUGCCACCAACGGAACCCCGGAGCUGCAAAGUCCAGAAAAGCUGUCGCCCAUUUUCCGAGAUUUCCUGAGUCGCUGUCUGGAAAUGGACGUAGAGAAGAGAGGCGGAAGCAAAGAGCUGCUGCAGCAUCCCUUCUUGAAGCUGGCUAAACCUCUUUCGAGUCUCACUCCUCUUAUUUUGGCUGCCAAGGAUGCCAUGAAGAACAACCGCUAGCCCGAACAAACUGUGCCCGCAAGCACACACACACUUACACAAAGACUGCUGAACACUCCCGAAAUCUGUGCCAGGUGUUGGUUUGUGUUUUUAACCAGUGUGCCAUCCUGCCCACAACAUAUCAGUGUUUGCCAAACCAGAACUCCGAGCAUUUCAUUUGGGUCUUUGCCUGUUUUUAAACCUGUAUGGACCGCUGUGGUGUCCUUCUGAUUUCAUUAGACUUGUGCUGUGGAGCAUCUGGACUUUAUUCUUUGUGUUGCAUGUCUGAACUUUUCCAGUCUUUGGCUUGUGUAGAUGAGACCUUGUAUGUUCCGUAAUUGAUUAUCAAAGGGACUUUUGUAGUCUUUAGGUUUCUGUAGCGAGAAUCACGACUGAAACUGUGUAUACCCACUCGUGUUCCUGAUCCUAAGGGAAGAGCACCUUACCGAUGCCAACUGCGAGCGGAGAACGAUUUGUUUGUAGUCACUCGUGCCUUCGUUGUUAUUCCAGCAAACACCUUUAUACUCUGUCUGAAGUUGCGGAUUUGUGCUGCUGAGCUUCCUCUAACCUGAGACGAAACUUUCAUGUGAUGAAAUGUGUAUAUGUGUACUUCGAAGAAGCGUAGCAUUACAGUUGAUGUAGUUAACCAAAAACCGAAUGGGUAGGUUAGAUAUGUAUGUUUUGUGUACAUGAACACUUUUUUCAUUGUUGUUUUAGUAACUAACAGUUUAUUACAAAGUGAGUGCUGUUGUCUAUGUCGUGAUGUCAGAAUUGAUAACUAUUUUUAUGCUAUUUUCAGUCACUUGUUUUGCAAGUAAAAGCCGGAUUCCUGCAUCUUCA